UUGCGCAGAAGAAGUGUUUCAUGAACGCGCUCGCAGUGAUGAUUGACAGCUGUCAGUGGCAAGACGCAGAGUUGAAGCAGCAGUGGCGGUACGUGAAAAAGAUCGAUGAUUUCACGCGUUCAGACGACGCACUAGAUGACGCGGCGGAGUAAUCGCGGAAGCGCUUGUCUGGUUUUCCUUUUAGAGAAAGCGCGUCUCUCGCGGAGCUCCAGGAGGAGGUGAAGCUGGAGAGAAAGUGGGAGUGAAGCGGGUAGAAGGCGCUCAGGUUCAGCAUCACUUCUCAAAGUUUCACGCAGCAGACUCUGUUUGUUUACCUUCCCGCGGGAACGUGUGUAUGAGCGCCGGGUCGGACUCACUCUCACACUGACCGUCGCUCCAGCGAUCCGCUGCCGUUAUACGGAUCGUUUUCUCCGGUUUAUAGGAUGCUAUCCAGCCAGACCGGAGCGGCUCUGACUGGAACCGGAUCAGCGGCAGGGAAGAGCGCAGGCCACGGCGCGGUGGUGAUCGGCGCCGGGGUUCGGACGGGACUCGUCCGCUCCGCUCCAGCGGGGAUGCUCGGGGGUAACGGAGCCGCCAGAGGAGGCGUCCGGCCGGUGAACGCGAGCGGACUGGGGCCGCUGCAAGCCGGAGGGAUGGUGGGAGGUUUGAGAUUCGAGCCGGAUAAACACGGACCCCCACACGUGUGCAGCGGCUCUGACGCGGACUCCGACUCGGGCGAUGAGGACGAGCACAUGGGGUCAGUUGGGGACGGCCGGAGGGGAAGCGGCGUCAAGCGGGAGAGAGCAGAGAUGGAGGCGGCGAUGGUCGCGCAGGAGGCCGGCUUGUCCUCGGGGGGGUUCGGGGUGCUCGCGAGUGGAGUGGCCGGAGCGAAACCAGGCAAGAAGACCCGGGGGAGAGUCAAGAUAAAGAUGGAGUUUAUAGACAACAAACUGCGGCGGUACACGACCUUCAGCAAGCGGAAGACGGGCAUCAUGAAGAAGGCGUACGAGCUCUCCACACUCACGGGAACUCAAGUCCUGCUGUUAGUGGCCAGCGAGACGGGUCACGUCUACACGUUCGCCACACGUAAGCUGCAGCCCAUGAUCACCAGCGAGACGGGUAAAGCGCUGAUCCAAACCUGCCUGAACUCUCCGGACUCUCCACCUCGAUCCGACCCGUCCACGGACCAGAGGAUGAGCGCCACGGGCUUCGAGGAGACCGACCUCACCUACCAGGUGUCUGAGUCUGAGAGUCUUGGAGAAACCAAGGACGCUCUGAAACCGGCCUUCACCGUGGCCAGUCUGCCGGGCAGCACCGGCGCACCGCCCACCGUCCCCACCACCUCCACCAGCAUGCAGGUCAGCAGCGGCCCGUCCUUCCCCAUCACCAACUAUCUGGCUCCCGUCUCGGCCAGCGGGAACGCCAACGGCACGGUGCUGAAGAGCGCAGGAGCCUCUGGAGGAGUCAUGCAGCUGCCCAGUGGAUUCACCUUCAUGUCAGGCUCUCCGUUUGCUCCCGGAACUCCCACGAUUCCUCUGAGUCAGCUGCAGCAGCAUUCGUCCAGCGCCACACAAGCGCAGCAGGGUCAGCAGGCCGUGUUCCGCCUGCCCGCCACCGUCUCACUCACUGGCGGUGCGAUGCCCCAGCAGCUCCAGACCAUCCAGGUCCAGUCCAGCAGCUCUGACAGCAGUCCAGAGAUGUCUCAGACCAGCACUGCAUCCACAGCCACAGUCAGUCUCCCAGCAACCAUCGUCACGACGUCAGUGCCCACCUCCAUGUCGGGUCACAUGAUGUAUCCCAGCCCACACACGGUCAUGUACGCGUCGGCCCCCACGCUGACAGACGGGGGUCUGGCUGUGCUAAACGCCUUCUCACAGGGUCCGUCUGCGAUGCAGGUGUCACACGCGCAGACUCAGGACACGGGUGAGGCAUUCUGGACCGGCUUAAACAUGUUUGGGGGACAAAUUUAUAAGCAGAUGGGAGGUGGCGUUCCUCAGGUGUUCCUCACGGCUCCUCCUGGAACGGUUCAGAUUCCCGUCUCAGCGGUGCAGCUUCACCCAGUACGGCAAGAUCAACAUUUCACAAAUGGUGAUUGGACAGCAGUCCAGCGGCAGCAGCAAUAGCCUGACGGAGCUUCAGGUCGUCAAUAUGGAUGCCUCACAGAACGCCAAAAACGAUUGACUUUACAAGGACACCAGAGACUGACGUCGCUAUUUAUUAACGCCUUUCUGAGAUUGACCUUUAUACAGUUUGUCACUGAUAUGUGUGUGAUUGUACAGGACGAUCAGUCCCUCCGCAGCACAAUGAAUGAGAUGAAGCCAGACGUGAGUGAGUCUGAGUUGAGUGAGUGAGUCAGUGAGUCUGAGUUAAGUUGAGUGAGUCAGUGAGUAGGAGUUGAGUCAGUGAGAGUGAGUCAGUGAGAGUAAGUGAGUCGGUGCGAGUCUGAGUCGGUGUCAGCGAGUCUGUGUGAGUGUGAGUGAGUCAGUGUGAACCCGAGUCGGUGUCAGCGAGUCGGUGUGAGCCCGGGUCAGUGUCAGCGAGUCUGAGUCGGUGUCAGCGAGUCAGUCUGAGAGUGUGAGUGUGAGUGUGAGUCUGAGUCGGUCUGAGUCUGAGUCGGUGUGAGUGAGUCCGAGUCUGAGUCGGUCCGAGUCUGAGUGAGUCUUGAGUCGGUGUGAGUGAGUCGGUGUGAGUGAGUCGGUGUGAGUGAGUCGGUGUGAGUGAGUCUUGAGUCAGACUCAGACUCACUCACACUGACUCAAGACUCAGACUCACUUACACCGACUCAGACUCACUCACACUGAGUCGGUGUGAGUGAGUCGGAGUCUUGAGUCGGUGUGAGUGAGUCUGAGUCUGAGUGGGUGUGAGUGAGUCUGAGUGCGUGUGCAUGUGCGUGUGUGUGUGUGUGUGUGUGUGUGUGUGAGUAAAUGUGUGUCUGUGUUAGUGUGUGAGUGUGUAAGUGAGAGAGAGUGUGUGUGUGUGUGUGUGUGUGUGUGUGUGUGUGAUUACAGGACUACCCAGCUAACAAAAAUAUGUUCUAAGAACAUUUUACUAAUGUUUCCAUUAAGUUAUGAAAACGUUAUUUCUGAAUGUUCUCUGAAUGUUCAAAACGUCCAGUUUUUUUUUUUUUUUUUUUUUAAAUCUAAAUGUUUUCCUUGGUUAUACGAACAUUAAGGGAACAUUCCAUUGUAUCAUUCUGCAAACAUUAUGGGAACGUUACUUUUGAAUAUUCUCUGAGCGCUCUGAAACAUUAAACUAGUAACAUUUAAAAAUCUUUACAUCCAACAUCUAACUAAAACAUUUCAGAAAAAAAAAACGUUCCAUGAACAAUGUAUAAAUAAUGAUUUUGUGCUAACGUUUUGAGAACAUUAUUAAAGACCAGAUCACUUUGAAUGAACGUUCUAUUAAAGUUACUGGAAGAAUGUUUGUUCGUAACUUUGAGAGAACCUUGCCAGAACGUUCUGAGAAUGUUUCCUGUUAGCUGGGUGUGUGUGAACUCUUCACGUCUGACAAACACUGGCUUCUGUGAGAGUAAGUGCUUUUGGAUGCGAGUCGUGUGUGAGGGAUGUUGGGUAAAACUUUAUCAACGCAUUUGGCCUUUGUGAAAACAAGAUGAGACAUUUGGAAUUGUACAUAGCCUGUUUUAUAAUAUUUGAGAUUUGUUUUGCCUGUUUGUGUGAUGGCAUGCAGUUGUUUUUUAUAGCUAUUUUGUAUACAUUGUAACUGUUUUGCUUAUGAAAUCAGAUAUUUGACUCACCAUGUAAAUUAAUGUAAUAUAAACAUAUUAUAUUGAUUAAUACACAGUGUUAUGAGAAAUACAAGAUGUAGGAUCAAACUCUUUUUCUCUCUUUUGUAACAUGAUUGUGCCAAAUAGCCUCUAGAAAUACAAAUUAAAAGAGAGAGAGAAAGAGGUUUGAAAAGACAGGAACUUUGCUGUUUUUCUCCAUCCCUUCUUUCUGAAUGCUUUAAACUCAUACUAAAGCCUGUGCUAACGAACACAGGGCUCUGAGAAACGCCUCAAACUGAGAUCAGUGUAAUGGUCAUGUGGCGUAAGUGCCGUCAAUCAAACUUAUUGUUGAUGUCAUAUAGAGUAUAUUGUGAAUCACCGUCUCUUCCGUUCCCGGCUAACGAAAAUAUGUUCUAAGAACGUUUUGCUAAUAUUUUUCCUUAGUUAUUUGAACGUUAAGGGAACAUUCCAUUAUGAAAGCAUUAAGGGAAUGUUACAUUUGAAUGUUCUCUGAAUGUUCUGAAACAAGUAGUAACAUUUAAAAAACGUCCAACUAAAACAUUUCAGAAAAAAUGUUCCAUGAAUAAUGUAUAAAUAACGCUUUGAGAACAUUAUUAAAGACCAGAAAACCUUAAAUGAAUGCACUGGAAGAACGUUUGUUCAUAACGUUGAAAGAACCUUGCCAGAACGUUCUGAGAACGUUCCCUGUUAGCUGGGCUGUUGUUGUGUUAUUAAGACUCUACUUGAUUUUCCAUACAAACUAGUAUCUGUUUCCUAUCAUGUCGGGAGCUCUUGAAAUCGUCCUGCUGUAGGAGGUUUGGUUCAGAUUCACGGGCCUUAAUAUGUUGCACUUCAGUGCAACUCUAAAGUGUUUUAAUCAUCUCGUACAUUGUGUUUCUGAAGUCUUGAUUCACAUCUUCAGUUCUUUUUUUUAGGAACAUCAUUAUUUUAGGACAGUUGAAUGAUGUGUAUUUUGUUUUUCUAUUUCUAAGUCGUUCUAUUUCUGUCUUUUUUCUCUAAUUUUAAAUUAAUGACACUUGGCCACAAAAUGCUGACAUCAUAGAGCUGAUCCUCACUGUAUGUGCUCAGAAAUACUCCUCAUUCGGUACAAUAUGUGAGAGAUUUCACUGAGCGAGUUUGUUUGAAAUAUUUUGAAGUUAGUUUUAGAUUGUUUGAGAGAUUGUGUGAGAGUAACACUGAUUCUUUUGUUGUAAGACUUGGAUUAUUGUGUGAUUUCAGUUUUUUUUUUUUUUUUUUCCUGACACAGCAAAUGUACAGACCUUUUUGUAAUAAAAAAUGGAUCUUGUCA